AUGGCGCCGUCUCCCCCAGCUGUCACAGACGGUUCCAAAACUUGGGCACCGUCCCAUCUCUUCGACAAUUCCAGUCCGGAGACUUGGAAUGCAGUCCACUCACACCUAAAAGCAGAUGAAUUUCGAGCAGCGAUAGCCUCAGCCUUUGAAUUGCCUCAAGGUGAUAGCUUCACAUAUCAUGCCACGGCGAGCGUCAAUCUUGCCCAGGCGGAGGCGGCCAUCCGUGCCGGAAGAGUAAAUGGCUUACAUGAUUGGUAUGUCGAGCCCGCUGAGGCGCAUACUAAGGGCCAGGACGUGAAGGCAACCGUUGCAGGUCAACCAGGGCUACGGACGGCGGGUUACCCGCCUGCAAGUGAUAUCCAAGCAUAUAUUGCGCUAUUUGACCCGACAAAAGCUGCUGCGAACAGUUUGAAAUCAUUGGCCGCGAAUGCAAAGAAAGGAUCACUCCGAGCUACAGUCGCAGAGUAUCUUCAGAGCAAACGCCAUCUCGACCCGUCAAUAGCUGUCCCAAAGUACAAGCCUUCAGCUACCGCCAAGGUCCACGAAAACCCGUCUCUCGACUUUUGGGCAUAUUCCUGCAUGGCCCUAGAGUACGUGGGCCCCAACGCCCAGACUGCCCUUGUCAAGACCUCGCACCACAUCUUGCCAGUGUACAUGCACCACUUUGGCUGCGUCGUGCCGUCAUGGGAAUCCCUGCAGAUCAUCUCGAAAUCCGCCGGCGGUCGCAGCGUGCUGGACAUGGGCAGCGGCAACGGAUACUGGACGCUGAUGCUCCGUCGGCUUGGGGUUCAGACGGUGGCGGUCGACAGUGGACAGUCUCGCUGGCGGACGACCUGGAUCGCAGACACGGUCGUCACGGAUGGGUUGCAAUACCUGCGCAAACACUCCGGGUGUACCGAUGUGGUGUUGUUGCUGGUCUACCCUAUCGUGGGCGGUGACUUUACCCGGCGGGUCCUCGACGCGUACGCGGGCGAUGUGAUUUGCGUGGCGGGUACGCAGAAUGGGAAUGGGUACACCGGGUUCAAGGACAUGAUGGUCGACGAGUACAUGAGCAGGGAGAGGCAGGGAUGGCGCAAGGUCGCGCAGGUGCCGCUACCGAGUUUUGCAGGAAAGGACGACGCGCUAUUUGUGUUUAGGAAGGAGAAAGUGGGGGAGGGCAAUGGGUGA